GCGGGGGCGCUGGUGCCGCGGAGGGCUCCCCAAGGGAGCGCACCCGCGGCGGCAGCAGCGGCGGCCUCCGCUGCCAAGACGAAGGCCCCGCGGCUGCUCCCCGAGCAGCACGUCCGACCUGGCCUCGCACGAGCCCAGCAGGCCGCCGGCGCGGACGGCGCAGCGAAGCCACCCGCCUGCCCGGCGCCCGUGUCGAUCGAGCUGCGGCAGAGGAAGCCACCCCGGCAAGCGCAGAAGCCGAAGAAUGGCGACGGGCCCGCCGCCGUGCAGUUGCCAGGCGCGCCGCAGGUGGAGGCCAGCGACGAGCUGGGCGGGGCCCACGCGGCCACCGUGGAGGCCUCGGCCGGGGCGCUGCGCGGCCAGGGCGCCGAGGAGGAUCCCUGGGCCGAGCCCGGCGUGAAGCUGCCCGAGGAGCUGCACCUCGCGGAGCUGCCUCCCGUGGAGUUGCCCAAGGAGUUCCGCCGGAAGUCCGCCUACGCCGCCUCGCUGGCGCAGAUGGUGCCAGCAGGCCGCGGCCCGGGCGAGGGUCCGGGAGGCGACGGCGACGACGCACCGCUGCAGCAGGCCGUCGACGCGCCCGCCGCAGAG